UGUACCUCUCAUACAACACCAUCGUCACCUUUCUGAUCAGACAUUAACCCAUCGUUAAAAGCAUCUAAAUCGUGGCUAAUUCAGCCAAACCAGCAAAUCACACCACCUCACACCUGGACACCAAACAGACUCCCCCAGACCCCCAGGCCUCCCCCCCCACACAGAAUUUCAAACCUCGGCACUAUAAAACAUUUCCUUAUCGGCGUACAUCUGUUUUCCUAUUGUUGGUGUACGGAUGUCCACUCUUUUCCCUCAAUUUUGCUCGUUUUCGCCCUUCCACCGUUUGGCCGGGGCCAUUGUACAACGCUUUUGAUUCCUUCCGCCACGACCAGGAUCACUUGCCACCACGACCAGACUGCGAGUAAAGAAGAGGCCCAUAUUCAACAGAUCACACAGGAUGUCUAUGUUUGGAGGAGGAGCUGAGUGCUCAACAGCAAGAAACCCGCUUGCGCAGUUCAACAAGCAUACCCAGGAGGACCGCUCUCUCCAGAGACCUGGGAUACAACACCAGUCGUCUCAGCAGAGCAUGAGAGAAGAACACCGAAUGAACCAGAUGGACCAGCAACGUAUGAACCAGUUCGUCAAGCCACAUGAUAACUUCAACUUCCAGCCAAUGCAGCAGGAACUCCAUCAGAUGGCACAGCGUCAACCACAGAUGAACAUGCAGAACAAGCAGUGGGCGUCUGAGUUCCAACCAGACGCUGCUGCUCUGAGAUCAAGCGGCUCUGCCUGGUCCUCAGAGUUCAAAACCUCUUCUCCAUCACCAAUUGCUGCUAACGCACAGAUGGCCUCAACUCUACAGCAGCAGCACCAACCGCUGAUGAGUGGUGGGAACGUUCUCAUGGGCUCAAGACUCGGGUAUCAACCGAUGUUCCAAGGCUACGCUGGCGCUGGUAUGCAGACAGCUAUGAGACCUCUGAGUAGCACCGUCACAGCGGGAAAUGUCACCACAGAGAACCAAGAACAAUGGGAAUCGCAAUUCCAAGAGAUUGAUGACCAACUGACUAAGCAGGAGGGUAAACAGGCAGAAGAAGAAGAGUUACUGGAUGCGCAGAAGACAGAGGCUGAGGAUGAAAUAGUCAUCGAUGACAAGUUCCAGGCCAACUUUGACGAGGUGUGGGAUGCGAUUCAUCAACAAGACGAUGAUCUCAUUGGACAAGAACCCUCUUGGGAAAAGGACUUUGCCACGUAUGCACAAAAUAGGGCAAACUUUGGCCAGUACAACUUUGAACAGACAAACCAGUUCCGUCAUUCUCCAAACGCGUACGAAAUUGGUUGUACGUUGAUGGAUCAAGGAGCCAAGUUGUCAGAGGCUGCUUUGGCAUUUGAAGCUGCCGUACAGGAGAAUCCAAAACACAUAGAUGCGUGGUUGAAACUUGGUGAAGUUCAGACUCAAAAUGAGAAGGAAAUUGCUGGAUUAACUGCACUGGAAACUUGUCUAAAGUUAGAUCCAAAGAACUUGGAUGCACUGAUGACUUUGGCAGUUUCCUAUAUCAAUGAAGGCUAUGAUAAUGCUGCAUUUGCAACUCUGGAACGCUGGAUUGAAACAAAAUAUCCUCAGAUUUCUGAACGUGCACGUACUACUAACCCAAAGAUCAACGAUGAGGAUCGCUACUCCUUGCACAAACGUGUCACUGAGCUCUUCUUGCAAGCAGCACAACUUUCACCAAUGGGUGCCAACAUCGAUGCAGAUGUUCAAAUGGGAUUAGGAGUGCUGUUCUACGCAAAUGACGAUUUUGAAAAGACUAUUGACUGUUUCAAGGCUGCUUUGGCAGUUCGUCCAGACGAUGCUUUGCUUUGGAACAGAUUAGGUGCGUCAUUAGCCAACUCUAGCAGAUCAGAAGAGGCGAUAGAGGCGUACCAUAGGGCAUUACAGCUCAAACCCAGCUUUGUCCGUGCACGUUACAACUUGGGGGUUUCAUCGAUCAACAUUGGUUGUUACAAAGAAGCUGCAGAGCAUUUGCUCGCUGCACUUUCGAUGCAUAACGUGGAAGGACUUGACCCUUCAGAUUUGAAAAGAUAUACAUCAGUGGCAAACCAGAGUACCAGUAUUAUGGAGACAUUGAAGAGGGCUUUUAUUGCCAUGGACAGAAGAGACUUACUGGAGAAGAUAAGACCAGGUAUGGACCUGAACCAAUUCAGAGGUGAGUUCACAUUCUAGGGGGUGAGAUAUUUUUUAUAAUGGAUAGUAUAAAUACUCAAUGAAGGUGCUUUUAUUUGGUAUUCCUCAUGCUAUAUAGUCUUCGACGCUGCUGGAUCUCAGAUAAUGAUUAUAUGGUGACCGGGUUAUAAUGCCAUGGGAGGAACGUUCAUCUUUACAUCAGAGUAUUAUCAUUCGAGAUCGAAUGAAGAUAGAUAUAAUACAAUAAAUUGC